CAUUGAUCAGGAGAACCCCUUCGCCUUCCGCACACGUUCUACUCUCCAACCAGAACCACCUCGCCUACAUUCAACACACAGCCUUUUCUCCACGCAUCAUGUCCGAACAAAAAGAGCUCCGCGUCCUCUGCCUCCCCUUCCCCAACUUCGACAACCUCGAUAUGAAUGGCCCGAUCGAGGUGCUCUGCAGCGGGGGCUUCCCAGUCCCUUACAACGUCACCAUCGCUGCCGCGGACGAGCACACGCGUGCGGGCCAGGGCUACAGGGUGCAGAGGGACAUCACGCAUGCAGAGGCGCUCGCCACAAUCAGCUCCUUCGCCGUCCUCCUCGUGCCCGGCGCGUACGCCGGCUACAUCAUGCCGUACCUCAAGGAAGGCGAGACGCACUUCGACGGGCUGCUCGAGGUCGCGGAGGCGUUCUGCAAGCUCGGCCCGAUGGAGGACGGCACGGAGCGCGUGAUGCUGAGCGUGUGCACGGGCGCGCUGAAGCUCGCGUAUCGGGGGCUGUUUGACGGGCUCAAGGUGACGACGCACUUUAUGUCGUACGACGCGCUGCAGGAGAUUCUUGCUGGGUAUAAGGAGAGGAACCCGGGGACGGCGAAGGGAUCGACGUUUGUGGGUCCUGUAGAGGGCAAGGAGCCGCGGGUACGGUGGGCGGAUGGCGGGAGGAAUGCGCACGGCGUACGGGUGAUCAGCUCGGGCGGGGUGAGUUGUGGGAUUGACGCGACGCUGUUUUUCGUCAGCGAGAAGUAUGGGCGGGACACAGCGUUGAAGAUUGCAGAGAUCAUGGAGUAUACAUGGAGGGAGAACGCUUAG